GUAUGCGCGUUCUUUGAGUAGUGAAAACACUGGAUUUAGAAAAGAUACGCUGCUUCGUUUAUACAUUGUAAUUUAGUGCACUAUGGAUCAGGAGCAGAAGCGGCAAAUUAUCGAAAACCUGUUUACAUCGUAUGCGGCAAAGCGCGCGGAAUUGGUGAGGCAGUAUGAAACGAACAGGAAAAAGCGGUCGAAAAUCUUCCUCCAACGACUCCGGUACCAGCUGAAGCGUAACUCAGAGGCACACCGGUCCGAAUGGUGCAACACGGCCCGGACCGUCGUUCUCGAUAGCAUUCCGACCCGCAAAAUUUGGAAACUGAACCGUUGCGACAAGUGGUUCCGGGAGGUAUACGAAGCCGAGGGCAACGAGAUGGCUAUGCUGGAAAGUUUCCGGAUGGACAAGGACACCUACGAAGUGUUGGUGGAUACACUGACGAAUGACCUGGCACCACAUCCACUGCUGGCGGCACAGUCGUGCAGCACGGAAAAGAAAGUGGGCAUAGGACUGUACAAGCUGACGUCUGGCGCGGACUACACCACGAUCGGGAAUCUUUUUGGCGUGCACAAGGCGACCGUGAAAAAUUGCGUGCAUCAGUUUUGUAAGGCGAUGGUUAAAUAUUUCAUGGAUGCGGAGAUUUUCCUACCCAACAGCGAAGAGAUGUCGGACAUUAGUAAAAGCUUUGAGGAAAAGUGCGACAUUCCGCUCAUCAUAGGCGCAAUGGGGAGGACGCACAUCCCGAUAACGCCGUCCGCUGCCGAUUCCAAAAACUACGCGAAUGCAAAAAAAUGGCCCUCGUUAAUACUGCAGGCCGUUGUAGAUAACAAUCACUUGUUUCGGCACAUCACGUGUGGCCAUGUCGGGUGUACAGAAGAAGCGGCCGUACUCGGAGAUUCGGGACUUUACCAGCAUUUCUCGAAUGUUGAAAUGCUCUGUCAGAGUAUCAACGAAAAUACGGUAAAAUCGUUCAUCGUAACCGAUGCGCCCUACCCACUGCUGCCUUGGCUAAUGCAUGGUUACACCGGGAUGUCCCUAUCAUCAGAGGAGGAAACUUUCAACGAACAUCUUGCAAAAGCCAAAAACGUGGUAGACGAAGCGUUCGUAAAGCUUCGUGCCCGGUUCAGGAUACUCCAGAGAAAAAUCGACAUCGACAUAAACUUCGUGCCACAGAUUCUCUUGACGUGUUGCAUUUUGCACAAUUUGCUGGAAAAACGACAGGUUCCCUUUUGCGACGAGUGGACAGAAUUGCUGAGGGACUCCGAACAAAAGUUCCCCCAGCCAGACAAUUCGUCGCUCACAAGCUACACCACCACCGUGGAAGGGGAAGCCGUGCGGGAUGUUCUGAAGGAAUAUGUUCAGUCGAAGUAUAUGUUAUACCGGUCGAUCGAUUACGGUCAUGUAUAUUUUAUCAGUGGGGACAACUAGCACACGAUUUAGUUUCACUUUUUGCAUCAAUAAAAGUAUAAUCUUUCCCGAGAA